UGGGGUAGGCGCAUCGCAUUACACAUCUGGAGAAAGCAGAUGUUGCGCUUUUUUGGAGCUCGCUCUGCGUUUCCGCGCUGUCAUUGUUUCCGUUUCCACCUCCGAGAAGCCUCACGCCUCCACAUAUCUCUCUCUCUCUCUCUCACUAACUUUUUUUUUUUGGUUUUGUCCAUAAUCCGUUACGUUGCGUGGACUUUUUGUUGGACUAUCUGAACUUUGAGAGUUAAAAUCUUUUUUUUUUUUUUUGCGAACCAUGGGGGACAUCGAGGCUCCCGACUCGAAUCGGCCGCGCCAGACUGUCCUAAUGUCUAUUCUUCCGAGCAAGGAGUUCGCCACCUCAAGGAAAGGCAUGCUGCUCAUUGGUGAAGUGGUUCUGUCCUUCAUUUCGUUUGUGUGUUUCGCGGGAUCAACGGCAGUGGCCUUCGUGACAGUUCCCCUGCUGGAGUUCCUGGCUGCUCUCUUCUUGUUGUUCGCUUACUCCACCAAAUUCAACGAGAGGUUUAAAGGUUUCCUCUGGCCUCUUAUGGAUUUCAUGAGAUGCGUGACUGCCUCCAUCAUCUUUUUCAUCAUCUCCAUAAUUUCAGUGUCCAAAUAUUCAGACGGCUCCUCCAAAGCAGCUGGGAUAUUUGGGUUCAUUGCCACCAUCGUUUUUGCUUUAGAUUUUUACCUCAUUUUUAAUGAGCUGGCCAAUUUUCUAAAGCAAGGAGGGGAACCCAGUGAGGAGCCAUCAAGACAGCAAGAUGAGUUUUCAGACUCUGAUUCGGACUGAGAUCACGGCGAUCUUCACCAGCGCAUACGUUUGAUCCUACAAAAAUAAACCUUUGCGGGAGGACUUGCCACUGCUGUGCUGCCAUCUGCGAAGAUCUGCAAGUGUUUCAAUAUGCCAACACAUUACGUUAAUACUGUGUAGGAUAAAAACCACAUCAAGGUCACAAUGAUUGUUGGUUUGUUAUGUGCAUUGAUUGGUAGUUGGGGGGGACUUUCCAUACAGUUUUAUGCUAAAUGUAUAAAGAGGAGGAACCAAAUCCUUUCCAUCCUCUUUGAUUCCACACAUUGAUCAUGAUAAGACAUUCAGGAAACAGGUGUAUAUUGAUGUGUCUAAUUUUCAUGCCCAAACCUCAUAUCCAGUGCCUUAGAUUAUUUGGAAAAAAAUUAUAAAUGCCUGAAAUUAAAAUAAGCUGUGAAACUGUUUGGUCUAAUCAUAAUGAGCCUUCUGGGCAUGUACUGUGACCCUGUAUACAGUCAUAUAUUAAACUGCAACACUAAAUUAAUGUCCUGAGUGAAUAAAUAUUUCAGAGUACUACUAAUAAGUUUGUAUUGUGACAAAAAAAGAAGGAAGUGCUACAUGAAUAAUGGAAAGACAGAUUUCCUAUGUACGUGUGGCAUAAUCGGCAUAUACAAAUCUACAGUAUUACUAUGAAAACAUAUCUAUAGUAUAUAGAAGAACAGAUUGGUUGCAGGUUGGCUGGUUACAACCUCUGUCCAAUUGUCUGAACUCUACAAGAGUGUAUUUUUUAUAAUUUGAGGGUUAUUCUUCCUUGAAAUUUGACUUUUGGGUGAACAGAGUGUGUGUGAUGUGCUGCACUGCAUGACAACCUUUUCUGAGUCAUUAUAAUGUUUAUUUGUCCCCAAAUUUUCCACAUUUAAGUUUAAGUUAAGUUUAGUUGAUACAUUUCCAAACAUAUUGAACUAACCCAAACUUUGAGAGUCUCUCUCCUCUUAUGUUUCAGUUUGCCUGCUGUAUGUUCUUCUUUAACCUGUGUGUGUGUGUCUGAAUAUCCCAUAUGUGAAUUUUCUUUUCUUUUUUUUUGUAUUUACAAAUUGCUUAUCUUGUUUCAUUAACAUUUCUUUUUGUCCAUUCUGCACGUAUGUUUGAUUCUUCAGUUCCUGCUACUACUGAGAAAUUAGACACACUUGAACGCCACAGUGACUGUUUAUGUAAUAUACACUGCACUACAUGAGUGUUAUAACAGCAUUGUGAAUUGAAAAUGGAUGACUGAAAACUGUCAUCAGUGGCCUCCGAUUUCCAUGUGGAAUUUCAACUGACUUAUUAAUAGUCAAGAAAAUACUCCCAGUGUUGCAAUGAAAGGUCCAGUGUGUAGGAUUUAGUUGGUGUAAUCGCUGCAUUGCGAUCCCCUCACAUCACCCUCACCUACCUAGUGUAAUGGAGAAACAACAAGAGUCAGUAUUUAGUUUGUCUGUUCUGGGAUAUUAUAGCCAUGAAAGAGGAUCCGCUCCCUAUGUAGAUAUAAAAGGUUAAUUUUUAAGUAACAAAACAAAAACAUUAUUUUCAGGUGAUUAUACAUGAAUGAAAACAUAGUUAUGAAUGUUAUGUCUGCCUUAUUUUGAAAUUAGAGGCCACCAAUCUUACACACUGGACCUUUAAAUCGAAUAAUUGUGCAUUUUAUAGAGGAGUUUUGAUAAGUUUGUUACUUCUGCGGCUUCAUUUAUAUAAAGAUUGUGUUCGAAUGGUGCCUCGGCAGAAAUAUGCAUCAGUUGUUUUCAAUAAAAUGUGACCAAAUCUGGAUUCGGAUCUGGUGAAUCUAGUUUAACUCAGACAUAUUCAUUUAAACCUCGAGUUCACCUGAAAAAAAUCAACAUUACCCAAUCCAGGGAUGUAUGUUUUUGGACAGUAACAACACUCAACCAUACCGCUUUGUUGUGCACAUAUGAUGAAGAUCAAUAUUAGUGCCAUUAUAUAAAUGAGCCCCUUUGCUGAUGUUUUUUUGACUGUUUUGCCCUUUGUACAAAAAAAAAUAAUGUUUGAAUAAAAACCUGAGCUAUUUUCAAUAAUGUCCAAAUCACUUUAUUUAAAUUGUCACUAUAAACCGCUGUGAAGCCUUUUGUCAAUGUUUCGAGUACAAAAAUACAGCUGAGUACAGCUCCAUGCUGUACAAGACACACCUUGUUGUAAUCAUUAACAAAGCACACAGAAUUCAAAAAAUUAAACGUCUCACCUCUAACUUCAUCCAAACAGUCAGACCGAUCACGUCCGCUGUUUGUAGCACAAUCUGGAAACUAUAGUGGAAAACAUUUCGUCUCUUCCCCAUAAAUACAAACAUUUCAUAACAUAUUGUAGCAUUAAGUCGUAUAUAGAGAGCUGCAGAUAGUGACAAAUAUGACGGCCAUCAAAUAGCAUAAUGCAUUUGCACGAUUGUGCUGUACAAAUGUUUAUGUGAACAAUUCAACACUCUAUCAAUGUAAGUGGCAGACAGAGAAACAAAUAUGAUUGUCUAUUCAUAAAACUACUUUGAAGUAGCAGUUGUACAUGAUAUAAGUUACUAAGAACACGAGAACAGCCUGAUUAAUCAAGCGUACUGGGUAGUGUGGAAACUUUUCAGGCUGUUUAGGAAGCCAUACAGUUUUUUUAUUUUUCAUAUAAACCCACAGACUGGUCCUUCCCUUAUACACAAACACACACACACACACACUACUGUAGUUAUCUGGCUUUACACAGUCCUUAAGUCACAAGAAUAUAUUUUAGAUGAAGACCAGGAGAUGGAGCCAUAGAGUCAAUUUAAACCCUACACACACUCACCCAAGCCUAAUAUACAUAAAAAAAGGUCUCAAACCACAAUAAAAACACGCAUGUGUAAAUGUAGUGAGGAUUCAAUACAUUGGAACAAUGUAAGACAUCAAAAAUUAAGUUUUAACAUUUCUUCCUUUAAACUAAAAAGCAAAUAUGAUUUUUCAAAAAAAAAAAA